AACCCGACGAACUGGCGCGCAGCACGGUAACUGCAAACUUAAAGGCAGUUCGGUACUCGCACGUGGAUCUUCGUUCGUGUCGGAUGUGUGCGUGUACAAAAAAUUGUCAGUUGUAAAGUAUAUCGUUCGUUACGUACUUACGUGUCAUCAAAAGUGUUUCGCGUUAAUAUUAUCAGUUCAUUAAACGUGUCAGAUUUCGGGAAAUUCUCUCCCAUAUCGUAGUAAUGAAUCAAAUUUUUUCCUAACGCGAACGGCUGUUGAACGUGUGCACUUAAUUUAUAACGUCGAUUUUUAUCAUCAACUGAUAAUUGCACUGCUGGAAGGAUACCUACGUUAUUGGUGUGGAGAUCUUCCUGGUGUUUUUCAUUGGGAUUAAAAAGCAACGUUCCAGUGCAUCAGGUGAUAGUGCUUCGAAAAAUUAAAGGAUGAGGAAAGAGGGAGAAAGAGUGAAAAAGAGAAAGAGCAACGAUGGUGGUGGAGGAGGAACCCAAUGGCAAUACAACAAUAUGAUUAUACGGCGUGCUGCACCGGUUUUCUGCAGCAGCUGCCGUCGUUUUGGGGGAUCCGACAGAACAGACGAGGAAGGGCCGUCCUGGCGAAGUGGUGCACUGUCACGAACGGUGCUGGUAGUAGUAAGGCAGAUAACCAGAUCGUCAAUCGUCUAAAUGGUGUUAAGCCUGUGACGUAAUUAGCGUUGACCAAAGUAUCACAGAAGGUGUCAAAAUUGAGCAAGUCGUCCUCCCGUCCGGCGGUGAUCUCGCCAAAAUUUGGAGGAUGUUGAUGCCUGGUGCCGCUGGUCUCAGUGCCGUCGGUGCGGUUGGCGCUGUUGGGGCGCCAGGGCCGGACGAACUAGUCUCAGGCCUUGGUGCGUUAGCUGGUACUACGCCUCAACAAAAAGAUACUACUUGGACAAAACUUUUUGUUGGGGGUUUACCCUACCACACAACUGACAAAAGUCUCAGGGAACAUUUUAACGUAUAUGGCGAUAUCGAGGAAGCCGUGGUCAUUACCGAUAGGCAAACUGGGAAAAGUAGAGGCUAUGGUUUCGUGAUCAUGGGAGACAGGCCAGCAGCAGAGAGGGCGUGCAAAGACCCUAACCCUAUAAUCGACGGUCGCAAAGCAAACGUCAACCUGGCAAUUCUAGGAGCUAAGCCCAGGGGUAAUCUACAAGCGACAUUCCCGUUCGCUGCUGGCAUUCGAGCUGGAUACCCCGCAGUUCUUCCUGGCCAAUAUGGGGUGCCACCAGGUUACGUGUACCAGUCGCCUUACCUGGCGGCUGCGGCGCCAGGUGGUUUGGUACCGCUUCCGGCGACACAGUUGACCCAUGCAGCAGCGAUGGCAGCAGCGUCACAAUUUUACGAGUACCAAAACGUCGCGGCAGCGGCCGCCACGUAUCCGGGAACAUCGUACAAUUUCGCCGAGGCGUAUCCUUAUACCAGCGCCGCCGCGGCUGGUAUGUGUUUGAAAAGUGUCCAGAGCAAGGACAGCAACGGGCUGAUACACCACCACCAGCAGCACAACGGUAGCAGCCCUGCGGUGCUGGCACGCCAACGAUUGGAGAAAGCUCUCCUGCCGCCCUUUCUGCCGUCCGUGCUACGUAGCAACGCGAACGCAGCAGCAGCAAGUUACGUGACACCGUAUACGUAUGCGACGUUACCAGGUGCAGCAGCAGGAUUACCAGCAGCAGCGGCUGCAGCUGCAACAGCGGCAGGCGCGGCCUUCCCAGGACUCCCGUAUCAAACGACGCCUCAGGAAGCAAGAUUGCAAUAGAAGUUGGACAAAUUGCUGCAAGGAAAUUCGUACCGUCGUCAAUUGUCCCACAGGCAUUAAACUCGCAACACAAAACUUGAUCCUCGCUGCCGUAUAAACGUGUAGUCUUCAUCUGCCUCUACGACGACUCAGUUCCUUCCUUAUUCGAGGAUCAGGCAUUAUUUGGUGCGGGUGUACCGCGCACGAAGGAGCCAUUGUUUCAACUACUCGGAAUCUAACUCCACGUUCUCACGAGUUAAUUUUGGGAACGACGCCCGAUGAGAGGCAGAAAACGAGGAAGCUCUGUGGAUGUGAUUCAGGAUCGGCGGUUGGCAGUUUCUUAUUAACUUAACAUUUAAUCUUCCCCACCUUAAUCUUCCUUUCCACGUUCUCCUUUAUAGGGCCAAACUUUGGCAUUCUCGGCCAAUGUACUUCGAGAUACAAGAUGAUAUGUAAUGUUGUUAGCAUUAUGAUUAUUUAUAACUAAUGGAGCACGAUGGGUAAUAGAAGCUUUCAGUAGACGCGCGAACAUUUUAGAAACGCCGGAUCUUUGUACGCUUACAUACCGCUCGUACGUUAAGGAAAAAUCCGAGAUCGAGAUCUGCGAUGUUGACAGUUACAAGUAACUGAGAUACGAUUCGAACGACAAUUACUCGCUAUUAGGUAGAACUGAAAGACUGAUCCGUAUUCAGAAUUGAUAUUGUUCGAGACAUGUAUUUUUACGAGAUAGUAAGCGUUAAUUAAAUGAUGAUAAGUUUUGGGGGAUGAAACGGAUACUUCCAGUAUCGACGAAUAACUUUUGGUGUUCUUCACGAAUCGCUAUUUCAUUGCAAUUGUUUAUCUUACGAUCCUUUAGGACUGAGAGUGAUACAGAUAUCAUUUCUGAAUAUUGGUCAAAAACUAUAAACUUUUUACAUUUAAAUGAAUAAUUCAGUUUAUUUAUAUUGAACUUAAUGAAAUAUGUUUUCCACUUUAUGAAAGAGGAACAUUGCUCUUUUUAUGGCAGACAUAUGAAAAAUUUAGAAAUAAAUUGUCCACGAAACUUUAAAGUAACUCUUUAUCUAUUUAGAUACAAAAAGAGCAAUAAUUUUUCAAUACACUCUCGUUCCUUUAUUUUAAAGUACGUAGGGAAGUAUUUCUCAAUAAGUUAAGUUUGAUUUUAAAUUACGUCGAUGUUAUUAUAUUUUUAGCAACUCCCGCUUAUGUACAAACGAUACGUUGUUUUUAAUUAUUGUAGUAAAUGAAGAUUAACUUAAAAUGUUAAAUUUUAUAAAUUCGACAUCAAAUGUUUGUUAAACUCUAAUUUAGUAAAAACUUUUAGUUUCGUGGAAUUAAUUUUUUAUUCGAAAGUAUUCUAUUUGAAAUUCGCUAAAAAGAAUUUUUAUUAAACAACUAUUCUGAAAUGAAAAUUCUGUCAAUAGAUUCAAAAGAUUCAUUUGAGUAAAGCAUAUCAAGGGAUUGUAAGUAAUGACGAUUGCGUUACAAUUAAACCGAUGUUGCCUUAGAAUCGCGUGUCAGCGAAAUCACCAAGUGUCUUAAGAUAAUGCCUUCUUUGCAUAAUUUAUAGAUGUUAUUUAAAUGAACAGUGAGGACCAACGGACGAACGAAUCGACAUUGCUGGUUAUCGAAUGUUGAUAAUCAUGAAAUUAAGCGAAGACGAAUACUUAAAAACGAAGACGUAAAAGCACCAAAAUUCCGUUGAUCAACAAAAACUAUUGUUUUGCACGCGAAUAAAUGUUGUUAAAAUUUUUAAAUACGAAUAAUAGGCGUAUCAUUUAAUUUUUAGCGCGACUUCAUUUGUAUACUUGCGACAAUAUAUUUAUUAACGAAUUACAGUUGUUAUAUAUUGUUACAAUUUAUUCUAAAUACGGAUCAAUUUACCUAAUUAUUAAUUCUUCAACGUUAAUGUGCGCUACUACUAAUUGUUUGUUGCUUAAGAAAAAAUUGCAAGACACAAGGAAUUCGUUCGUCCCAUUUUAAAGUAAUCAGGUGCCUUAAUUAGCACGACCGAAUAAUUUUAACGGUUAAAAACUAGUCAGUGUUUCGUUAGCGAAAAACUAUUCGCUAACGCGUGUACAGGGGUGAAAUAAAAAAUAAAAGGAGACCAAACGAGGAGAUCGAAAAUAAAAGAAGUAACUAGCACACAAGAAGGGAGACAGAGGAUCAGGCUAUGAACAAUGAGGCUGUCUAGUCCUAAACCCUUCGAGAUGAAGUUAAUUAGAUUUGUUAGAAUUUUAAGUAGAGGUAAUAUGAACGAAGAAAUGGAGAUGGUAACCAAAAGUCCUGUAAAAAGUUAGCAAAAAAUGCUGUUAGGGAGGCUUAGUGUUAGGAAUUAAUUAUUACAUUAAUCGUUCGAUUAAGAUAAUAGGAAAAUAAAUUAAUACUAUUGAUACAUGAUAUUAUUAUUAUUUUAUUAUUAUUUUAUUAUUAUUAUUAUUAUAAAUUGAUAAUUAUUAUUACUAUUAAUUAUUGAUAAUAUUAUUGUCAUUAUCGAUUACUCACUAUUGUUCAUGUACUUAAUGACAAAGCGAACGCGAUACGUGAUCGUUCAAAUUUACUGCGAACGGAAAAAAUCUGUUGCGACGUGAUGAAGAAAAACUUUAGGACUAAGCCGUGAGGAAUGCGUAUUUUCGUCACGGCUACCAUCACACUUUCGAAUAUCCUAUACUCUUAGGAUUAACGGUUGUAAUAUAUCGCCUGUUAUCAUUAAUAAUAUUAAUAUUAUACACCCCAUUAGUAAGUUAACGAAACGAAACAGAAGUAAAUAUGUAUAUCGUCUCGGAGAGAAAUAAAAAGCGAAUGCGUCUUGGUCUAAUGAUAGAUCGCGACUAUUGUUGUCUGUUGCUUUCGCAUGUCAUCUGAACUCUUUACAAGAGAUGAAACACAAACAUUGAUUACCGAAAAAUCAGAAAAAAAAGAAAUAAAAUCUUAAUUUUCAGAA